AUGCUGGAGAAUGUCUCACUUGACUCCGUGCCCCCUUACGAGGCUAUUUCCUACGGAUGGCAAGACACUGGUACCGUCGAUGUCCAUGAUGUUGGCAUCAAGGCCAAUGGCCACAUCACUCAAGCGCAAAACAAACUUACCAUCACGAAGUCGCUGUUUGCCGCGCUGGGCGACAUUCGACGAGCCACGCCUGCUUUGAAGACCCGAACUGUGUGGGCGGACGGCAUCUGUAUCAACCAGCGCGACACUCCCGAGAGGAACGCGCAGGUCCGGCUCAUGGACCAGGUGUACACCAAAGCGCAGCAAGUGAUUACCUACAUUGGCGAGGGCGAUAGCAACACCCAGUCUGCCAUCGCACUGGCCGAGAAGAUGCUAGCAGUGGGUAGGGCCUCGGAGCCUGUUACGAGGCACGAGAAGAGAGAAGAGAGAGACAAGCAGCAGUGUGAGCUUCUGGGAAUCGAAUUUACCGACUUCAUCAAGCCGCACCCCAGUCCGAUAGUCGGAGCGUUGCAGUCCAUGCUGGAUGCCCCAUGGAGCAGGCGACUCUGGAUCGUCCAGGAGUCUGUCCUGAACUCCCACAUGCUCAUGAUGUGCGGUCCACACGAGAUGCCCUGGACAAUGUUACACGACCUUGGGCUCUUGAUGUCAGAAGGGAAAUUGGUCCGUGUUGUCCGGUUGGGCGAUCUGGGCAAUCCUGACUUUGAAAACGGCAUGCUCUCGUCAUGGCAGAUGAUCCGGAGGAUGGGCUGGUUCCGCGAAAGGUUCUUCAAGGCCAAGCGGCUUGCCAUGAUUGACCUGAUCCAUUUGACCAACAAGAUGCUCUGCUUCGACCCGCGAGACCGGAUAUAUGCCUUGUAUGGCGUAUUCCGCGCCAUAUCCGCAUCCCCGUCGGAGUUUGAUCUAGAGGUUGAUUACAACAAGACGGUUGCUCAAGUAUACAUCGAUGCGGCACAACUUUCCAUGACCCGAUCCGGCGGUCUGGGUGUCUUUGCAACAAUCCAAUUCGAACCAGAGCAGCCCGGUCUGCCGUCCUGGAUGCCGGACUGGGAACUAGCGGAGAAGACAGACAUAUUUCGGCUGAGUUGCGAGCAAGCCUACCACGCUUCUGGAUGCACUAGACCGUAG